CUGCACUUCCUCCAGCUCCCAGACAGAAUGCGGCUCCUCCUGCUCUGCGCCGUCCUCCUCCGCCUCGGCCCGCGCGUCCACGCCGGGCCCGGCGCGCGGUGUCCGGCCCGGUGCGACGUCAGCGGCUGCCCGAGCCCCCUCUGCCCCGGCGGGUACGCGCCGGACCGCUGCGGCUGCUGCCUGGUGUGCGCGCAGGCGGAGGGCGAGCCGUGCGGCCGCGCGCACGACCCGCCGUGCGGGGACGGGCUGGAGUGCCGGGUGCCGGGGUCCGGGCCCGGGGCCGGGGCCGGGGUUAGGGCCGGGGUUAGGGUUAGGGUUAAGGUUGGGUCCUGCCGGUGCAGGCUCCGGCAGCCGGUGUGCGGCAGCGACGGGAGGACCUACAGCAGCGCGUGCCAGCUGCGCGCGGCCAGCCGGGAGGGCACGCUCCAGGGACACCCCGCCCUCACCCAGACCCAGAAGGGACCGUGCCAGGCCAGCACAGGACCUUCACAUGCUGCCAGUCCUCGUUACAAGUUCAACUUCAUAGCUGACGUGGUGGAGAAAAUCGCCCCUGCUGUGGUGCACAUUGAGCUCUUCCUCAGACAUCCUCUCUUCGGUCGUAACAUCCCACUGUCCAGUGGCUCUGGAUUUGUGAUGACAGACAGUGGACUGAUUCUCACCAAUGCCCACGUGGUCUCCAGCACCACGUCUGUGUCCGGUCAACAGUACCUAAAGGUGCAGAUGCAAAACGGUGAUGUUUAUGAAGCCAGCAUCAAAGACAUUGACAAGAAAUCAGACAUUGCCACAAUAAAGAUUAAUCCACAGACCAAGCUGCCGGUAUUGUCUCUGGGCCACAGCGCAGACCUGCGGCCGGGGGAGUUUGUGGUGGCCAUUGGGAGUCCCUUUGCUCUCCAGAACACGGUCACCACCGGCAUCAUCAGCACCGCGCAGAGAGACGGCAAAGAGCUGGGCCUCCUCGACUCAGACAUGGACUACAUCCAGACAGACGCCAUUAUCAACUAUGGAAAUUCCGGAGGGCCUCUAGUCAAUUUGGAUGGGGAGGUGAUCGGUAUCAACACCCUAAAAGUGGCAGCAGGGAUCUCAUUCGCCAUUCCCUCAGACAGGAUCACUCUCUUUCUCCAGGAUUCACUAGACAAGCACAGCAAAGAUCUGAGGUCAAUAAAGAAGCGCUUCAUUGGAAUUAAGAUGCUGAGCAUUACACCCACGUUAAUCGAGGAGCUGAAACAACAAAAUCCCGACUUCCCAAACGUAACCAGUGGGAUUUACGUCCACGAGGUCGUUCCUCACUCUCCUGCAGAAAAGGGUGGGAUCAGACACGGGGACAUCAUAGUGAAACUGAACGGCAGACCCCUGCUGAAUACCACUGACCUGCAGGGGGCGCUCCAGGAAGAGGCCACCCUGCUGCUGGAGAUCAGGAGGGACAACGACGACCUGCUGUUUAACAUCGAACCAGAUAUCAUAAUGCAGUAG